AUGUCUGCCAGUGCCAUGCAAGCUGCCCAUCAGCAUGUCCAUGCCCCGAUAUCAACCUCUUCACCUUCCUCCACUGGACACUAUCUCCAGCAGACAGAUGAGAAUCAGAUAGCCAAUCACAAUGUCUAUGCUAUUAGCAGUCAACAGGCGCGCGACUCUAGGAGAGCUCAGCAACAAUACAACACGGUAGAUUCGGCCGAUUAUGCCCAAGGCCAGCCAACCACGCUACCGAUACAUUCCAAACCAAGAGAUCAACAUAGCGGGCAACCCUACGUACCGCCGCGGACGACCUCAGCUCGCUCACCAGCUCAAACGCCAACCUCUCGAUCAGCGAGACAGGAAGCUGAGUACAACGGAGAUUACGCGGAUCGAUCUCGAGAUGAUGCGACAACUCCUGCAUCCUCCCGUCGCCGAGAUCCGCCAAUUCCACCAGCCACACAACCACAGCAUCCUGGCAUGAUGCGCGAGAACAGUGAAGUUCUGAAUCGAGUUGUCGUAUCGGACCCUAUCGUCGAUGAAGAGCGAAUGCGAGCGAGGAUCGCGGAGGCUCAGCCAAUGCAACCAACUCCAGAAGCAAGAGCUAUGGGUUUGACUCAAGAAGCAUACAACGAAGAGAUCCGAGGACCACAAAAAAGACAGGAUUACUCGAAGUCGAAGAGACGCGAGGUUCAGUUUGGUGAUUACAUCCUUGGUCAAACACUAGGCGAGGGCGAAUUUGGCAAGGUCAAGCUCGGCUGGAAGAAAGACGGGAGCAGUCAAGUCGCCAUCAAGUUGAUUAGACGUGAAUCUGUCGCGACAAAUCCAACAAGAUUACCCAAGAUCUAUCGCGAGAUCAGCAUCUUACGCGAGCUGCAGCAUCCGAAUAUUGUUCAGCUGCACGAGAUGGUCGAGACUGAGAGGCAUAUCGGUAUCAUUCUCGAGUAUGCUUCCGGCGGCGAAUUAUUCGAUUACAUCCUCAACCAACGCUACCUGAAAGACCCUUCUGCUAGACGAUUGUUUGCUCAGCUGGUUUCUGGUGUAGGCUACCUGCACAAAAAGGGCAUCGUCCAUCGAGACUUGAAGCUGGAAAAUCUAUUACUGGACCAAAACAAAAACAUUAUAAUUACGGAUUUCGGCUUCGCAAACACAUUCGACGCAAAAGAUGAUCUCUCCCCAGAGAUCGAGUACAAUCUCGCCAACAAGGACUUCGUCAAGAAGUACAAGCUGGAUCGACUCAAUGAAAAGGGCUACAGGAAAGGCGAUCUCAUGCAGACCAGCUGUGGCAGUCCCUGCUAUGCUGCUCCAGAAUUGGUCGUAAGCGACUCUCUCUACACUGGUCGCAAAGUCGAUGUCUGGAGUUGUGGUGUCAUUCUAUACGCCAUGUUAGCCGGUUAUCUACCGUUCGACGACGAUCCAGCAAAUCCCGAGGGCGAUAAUAUCAAUCUCCUGUACAAAUAUAUCACAUCCACUCCUCUCACUUUUCCCGAGUAUGUGACACCUCAUGCAAGGGACCUCUUGCGACGAAUCCUGGUACCCGACCCACGCAAAAGAGCCGAUCUCUUCGAAGUUGCUCGACAUAGCUGGUUGACUGAAUAUCACCAUGUGGUGGCUCAUAUUACUAGCAGUACCACCAAUAUUGCUGACAUCGCCAACAGCACCAUUCGUUCUGAAGAUGAAGAAGCCACACUGGCUCGAAGCACUUCAGUUCGUGUACCUGCCUCUACCACACCUCGACAUGAUCCUCAACGGACUGCUCAAGAAGCUAUCGGCGACGAACCAAGAAGAGAGCGCAUACCUAUUAGACACACUCUCCAAGCCGAAUAUGUCGCCCCAAGACAACACACAGAACGUACUGCUCCAGAGGCCAUUCAAAGAACGACUACCGUAGCACAAGCCGUUUCCGCGAUACCAACCAGUACCUCCAAACCUCUCCCACAAGCGCCGAUUGAUCAGCCAAGACCUGCUACGGGCAAUACACACAUGGCCACUACUCAAAGCACAGCCCAGCAGCCAACCAGACCUGUUCAUAUGCCUCGAUCCACUUCGGAAGGUCCUGGCGCAAUCAUAUCUUCUGCUCAACAACCUGGUCAAUGGACGACCCGACCUUCUACUCAAGGGUCGAUGACUUCAGCCAGUGGUCCCACGAGAUCAGAUCUGCGACUGCCAUCGAGAGGUUCGUACGGCCAACCAGUUGCACCUUCAGUGCAAACUACCACCGCUCAAGGCAAGGUGACUCAGCCCGCACCGCAGAAAAAUAUCCGCAACUACAAUAUCUCUUCACCACAAUACCAGCAUGGCACCUCCAACUCGAUAGGACAAUCUAUGGCGGAGCAGAACAUGGGUCCACCUUCACAACCACAGAAAACCCAUCACAGGAGAUCAAGCACGUUGAGCAGCUUAGGGGAGAAACUCUUCGGUCGAUCUAAUUCUGUCAUCAAGAAAGAGCGUGAUGAGUCGCGACAAAAGACUGGCAGGAAGUAUCCUCCUACAGCCAUGAAGACCUCAAUACCAGCGAAUGAGGACCCAAAACCACAGACACAGCCUAGAAAGAGCACGGAUAGUAAACGGUCGUUCUCUUUAGGUUUCCGCAGGAAAGAGUCUCAGGAACUGCAAGAAGAUGACGUCGAGAAAAUAUCCCCUGGAGCCCGACGCUUCUCCCUGCUCCAAGCCAUGGGCUUGAAGAAGACCGACACCUAUGCCGAAAGUCCAAGGGCCUAUACUCCCGAGCAAGGUCAGUAUUCUCGGCCUGUAACUACUAUGGACGACUAUACAACAGCAGGUGGUGCAAGCACGACCGAUGGUCAACAGGAUCGCGAUCGUCGAAAUUUCAAUUUCUCCCGACCUGCACAAUCCCAACCUCAGCCUCAAAAUCCUUCAUAUAAUCCCAAUCCUGCAUAUGGCCACAGACCGCAACAAUCGACCGGCGAUGUCUACGGUAGCACAGGUGUUUACCAAAACCCAUCCCAAACCUCACAACAACUCCCACCUCAACCUCAGUCACAAGCACAACCGCAACGUCCGACAUUGCCCGAAAACCAGUGGGAGUCUAGCCAGCACUUCGCCUACUUCAAUGAGAACAACACCAGUCAUGGACAUUCCCGGCCGUCCAUGCAAGGUUCCAGGCUCACAAAACCACGCCGCUUCAAUGAUGCCUAUGAUGGACAUGGUGGAAAUAGUGGUGGGACAGGAGCGGUCAAGAAGAUACAAGAUCUUUUCCGACGAAGAAAGGCAAGAGCAGACUCAGAAUAUCGAUAG